ACGCAAUUCCCCUCUCCCCUCUCCCUCUCCAGGUCUCCUCCCCCGCUGCCUGCCCGAAACCCCCAAUUCGAAAAUCGAUUUGGGGAUUCCGGCGUCCCGAGCUCCCCAGAUCCGCGCCAUCGCUCGGCCGCCCGUCCGAUCCGCGCCCGCGGCCGCCGUCGGAGCUGACCGUCCGGGGGAUUUCUCGGAGGGGGCUCUUGCUAGACCGCUCCCGAUGGCGUCGUCCCCUGUCUCCUACUGGUGCUACCACUGCAGCCGCUUCGUGCGGGUCUCCCCGGCCACCGUCGUCUGCCCCGACUGCGACGGCGGCUUCCUCGAGCAGUUCCCCCAGCCGCCGCCGCCGCGGGGCGGCGGCGGCAGCGGCCGGCGCGGGGCCAUGAACCCGGUGAUCGUGCUGCGGGGCGGCUCGCUCUCCGGCUUCGAGCUCUACUACGAGGACGGCUCCGGCGACGGGCUGCGGCCGCUGCCCGGCGACGUCUCGCACCUCCUCAUGGGCUCCGGGUUCCACCGCCUGCUCGACCAGUUCUCCAGGCUCGAGGCGGCCGCGCCGCGCCCGCCGGCGUCCAAGGCCGCGGUCGAGUCGAUGCCCUCCGUGACCGUCGCCGGGGGAGCCGGCGCCCACUGCGCGGUCUGCCAGGAGGCCUUCGAGCCCGGCGCCGCGGCUCGGGAGAUGCCGUGCAAGCACGUCUACCACCAGGACUGCAUCCUCCCCUGGCUCUCCCUCCGCAACUCCUGCCCCAUCUGCCGCAGCGAGCUUCCGGCGGCGGCCGUGCCUGAGGCGGAGGCGGACGCCGGGCUCACCAUCUGGCGACUCCCCCGCGGCGGAUUUGCUGUUGGGAGGUUCGCCGGCGGGCCCAGAGAGCAACUGCCGGUUGUCUACACGGAGCUGGAUGGGGGUUUCAGCAACGGCGUCGGGCCGAGGCGGGUGACAUGGCCAGAAGGAGAAGGCCAGGUGGACGGCGGCGAAGGUCGGAUUCGCCGUGUAUUUAGGAACCUGUUUGGGUGCUUUGGCCGGGGCGGCCGGCCUGAGAGUUCCUCGCAGGCCCGUAGUGGCUGAGCAAUGUUCUUCCUGGUAACUCACUUUCAAUUGAUGAUAGUGGUGAAUAAGUAGGAGUUAGUAUAAGGAGGAGACCCAGGUGAUGAAUUCUUGGUUAGUUUGAUGUAAAUGAAGGGCUUGCAUUCCCCCCCUUUUGUCUUGUUUUAAGAAUUUAGAGUUGGCCACGAGCAAACAACUCAGAAAUGAAAUUUGAUAGCAAAUCAGGAAGAACAAGCCCAAGCCUUCAAGAAUGCAAUAGGAGUGAAUUAUGGGGGGAAUCAAUCACUGGCAAUAUUGUAGGCAAGGAGAACAAUUCGUGUUCUCACUUCUGUAUUGUUUGUGCAUAUACUGGAUUCGUUCAAGAUAAAUUUCGAUUUUGCAGUA